CGCUGCUACUGGGUUUAUUGGAAUACACCAAGUCUCUCUUGCUGAGAUUUGACUGACUGCAAUCAUGAGAGCUUCUCUACUCUUCCUGCCACUGUUUGUGGGCUCCAACCUGGCGCUGGACUGCCAAGUGAUUGACGGGCGCCUCAAGCAGAUCGACGUCAGCAACGGGCAGGUGUUCGGCGUCAACAGCGAAGACUCGAUCUUCACUCGUUACGGAAACAACUGGGUGCAGCUCCCAGGGGCCCUCAAACACGUGACCGUGGGGCCCGCUGGAGUCUGGGGCGUCAACAAGAACAAUCUCAUCUACAAAUUGGUUGGGGGAGGCUGGAAACAAGUUCAAGGUCAACUGAAGCAGAUUGAUGCGGGAGGAAACCAAUUUAUUGCCGGAGUCAACAUGGAGGACAACAUCUACUGCCUGAAUCGCGAUGCCACGGUGACCACGUUAGGUGGCGAGGCCUCCGUUCCUUGGAACUUGCUUCCCGGGGCCCUCAAGUACUACUCAUGUGGCCCUUACAGCUGCUGGGGGGUGAACGCCGCUGACCAGAUCUACGUGAUGAAGGGGGUGACCCCGGAGGCCUGCAUGGGCAGCAAGGAGUGGCAGCACAUCCCCGGAGCGCUGUCCAUGAUCGAGGUGUCCACCGACGGCAGGGUGUAUGGGGUCAACUCUGCCGGGAACGUGUACCGCAGGGACGGGGUCAGCGUUGAUAAUCCUGCCGGCACUGACUGGAUCGAUCUGACCAUGUGCGUUAACAGCAAGCAUGUGUCAUAUGACCUGGGUGUGCUCUGGGUGAUCAGCAAAGAAGACAAUAUCCUAGCCUGCCGCUAAAACUCCUCGAUAGCCAAAAAGAAACCGUCCUACCGGAACUCAAAUAUACCUACUUACUGUAUAGUUUAGAGUAAGUAUUUGCACUUGCUGUACACUGUACUGCGUUAUAUAUUAAGCAUGCAUUGUAACCCCUGUACUAUCCUGUAACCCCUGUAAGUUACCUUGGAUAAAGGCGUCUGCCAAAUAAAUAAAUAAAACACUA